GCAAGCGCCCAUGGUGGACGUGGACUGCAAAUACCUAUCCUCGUAUCGUAAACGUCCUCGGCUGCCCUCAUCAAGGCCCUGGAAGCAACGGAAGGUGCUGGAUCAAUUCAUGUGGCAAUGCCCUACCAUAAGAGGCGGCGACUCCGCGGUGCGCGAGGGCGGAGCUCGAAGGCCAUUCCUUAUCUCGCUCUUCGACCCCUUCCUUCUCUUCUGCAGAUCGUUGCGUGGGCAAAUAACGGCAGCAGAAGUCUUCAAGAGCGUCUUGGAUCCGACGCAUUUCUUCCCCUCAACGUCGUAAUUCGGACGAUCUGAUUCGUCGCCAUGCUCGCCCUCGCCCGACGUUUGCCGCGCUCGGCGCGUAUGCGACUGGCCCCAACAGCGAGACCUUUACCCCGCGCGUACUCUAGCUUGGUCUCGCUAAAGAACAAGCCCAGCGAUGGCAGCGAGCGUCAGCUCCCCGAGCAUGCCGUCAUCUCCACGUUCGACCUCUUCAGCAUUGGCGUCGGGCCGUCCAGCUCGCACACUGUCGGUCCUAUGCGUGCGGGGAAAAUCUUUGUGACGGACUUGAGGGAGAUGGGCGUUCUGGACAGGGUGAAGACGGUGAAGGUUGUACUAUAUGGCUCGCUGGCCGCCACAGGAAAAGGCCAUCACACACCUCAGGCCAUUCUUAUGGGCCUCGAGGGCUCGGACCCAGAAACCAUUGCCCCCAUGACGAUACCCUCGCGUUACGCGACGAUUCUGGAGACGAAGCAGUUGCUCCUCGGUGGUUCGAAUCGCAUCACCUUCGACACGGACCGGGACAUGCUGUGGCGUUUCGACCAGGUCCUUCCUACGCACCCAAACGGCAUGCGCUUCACCGUGUUCGACGAGGGAGGCGACCUUCUGGCUGUGAACGAGUACUUCAGCGUUGGCGGCGGGUUCGUGGUGAAUGACAAGACGAAGGUCGACGAGAACUUGUUCUACAAGGCAAUUAACAAGAAGGACGCCGCGGGCGCGCGGAUACACCAACAACACCACUCCGUCUCCGAUCCCGUCACCGACGCUGUACCACCACCAUCCGCCACGGGGUCGCCACCGCCGCCGCCUCCUGUCACUGUGGAGGGGACUGAUACCAAAGAGGAGGAACAGACGAUACCCUACCCUUUCGACUCGGGCGCAUCGCUACUGGCGUUGACAAGGAAGCAUAACAUGACCAUUGCCCAGAUUGUGUACGACAAUGAGAAGUCGUUUGGCUAUACGGAUGAUGAGAUCCAUGAGAAGAUCCUCAACAUCUGGAAUGUCAUGGACAACUGCAUCCGCGCAGGCGUGUCCUCGUCGGAGCGUACGCUGCCUGGGAGAUUGGGCUUGCGACGGCGAGCACCCUUGUUAUACCGUCGACUGAUGCGGGGUCUCUACCCUGGCAUCGUCGGCCCCCACCAUGACUUCGCCGCGAUCGGUCCCGGCCAAACCCUCGACGCCAUCGAUGGGCCCGCCGCUCCUACGUCUUCCGGGCCCGACGACCCCUUCGCCGACCCCAGCGACCCUGCGCCCUCCUCCUCUGCCUUCUCUGCCUCCUCCUCCCACACCUCCCAAACCCCUUUCCCUCUCCUCCGCCGCCGCACCUCCGCCCCGCACCUCACCGGCUCCCCCACGCACCCCCUCCUCCCCAUGCCGCCCCGCAAGACGGACAUCCCUGCGGUCGACUUCCUCUCGUGCUACGCCAUCGCGGUGAACGAGGAGAACGCGGCGGGCCGGAGGAUCGUGACGAGCCCGACGAAUGGGGCGGCGGGGGUGAUUCCGGCGGUGCUGAAGUAUAUAUUGGAGUUUGUGGCGGAUGAUAAGGAGAGGAGUGUGGGGACGUUUUUGUUGACGGCGGCGGCGAUUGGGAUGCUCUUCAAGCGCGGAAGUACAAUCUCGGCCGCGGAGGGUGGGUGCCAGGCGGAGGUGGGAGUGGCCUGCUCGAUGGCUAGUGCUGGAUUCGCGGCUUGCAUGGGAGCAUCUCCAGAAACCGUAAUGCAGGCUGCGGAAAUCGGGAUUGAGCAUAACCUCGGUCUGACCUGCGACCCCAUCGACGGAUUGGUGCAGGUGCCCUGUAUUGAGCGCAACAGCCUUGGUGCCGUGAAAGCCGUCACCGCCGCGCAACUCUCGAUGGCCAGCGACGGCGUAUAUAGUGUCACCCUCGACGAAGCGAUCGAGGCAAUGCGCCUGACGGCAGCGGACAUGUCGGUGAAGUACAAGGAGACCUCGCUCAGUGGGCUCGCGCGGACGGUGAAGAUUCCUCUGACGGUGCCCGCUUGCUGAGCUGGAAUGAUGCAGGAGAAGCCACACACAUUGCUUUGGUGACUGCCUACACCAUGUCUUCCGUGAAAUGGAUCUUGAAAGAAUGUAUGGGUUGUAGACAUAGAGACAGGGAUAGUACACGAUAGAUGAGAUGGACUUGCUGGUAAUCCGCCCCUCUAGCAUAGAACGCUGCUGUAAUGCUUCUGCUUGGCACACGCACACUGCUUUGCCGAUUCGAC